AUGGUAAAGUUUGCGAUAUGCACGGCUGCAGUGGAGUCACACGCCGCUCGGGAGCGGAGAGUCAAGGAUCUGUUAUUCUAUGAGGCACUCACGAUUUUUGAACUUGAAGCUUUCGAGCCCAUGCGAACCCAAAGAGAGCUUGGACAUUUCCACACGCGAACACAUGGCCAUGGCCUGUUCAAUUUAGCCGGGCCCAGGCCUCGGGAUGCAUCAGUCUGGAAUCUCAUGCAACCAUCACUGAUCUAUAAUUAUCAAGACUUGAUCACUGCCUCGAAUGGCGCAGAAGAAAUCGAGAAGGGCCGGCAAAAGGCGCAGACCAUCGCGCAAGGACCAGAUACUGUACCGUGCAUCCCAUAUUUGACCACGUAUCCUAUGAUGGCCAUGCUGCCAGACGUCUGGAAAGAAAGGCGUGGAAAGAAAUUCUCGAAGGAAAUUGAUUUCUUUCGACGCCUUCCCUUCGACGCCUCAUCCCUAUCCGCUACUUUCAUCCCUUGGCUACUGAUAAAUACAAUAGAGAUUGUUGAACCAUUUGAGAGAUCCUUCGACUAUGGUACCGCCCGCGUGUGGAAGCGCUUUCGGGCACUGGCUUUCACGUCCAUGUUAUAUUCCAGUCGAAAGAGAAGGUCGGACGCCGCAAACAGAGCCAAGAAGUCGUCUGCUUCGUCUUUCACAAGAGCUUCAGGACAAGAUGUGGGAAUAUGUCGUCGCGGUCGAGAACGUCCAUCUCGUCUGAACGCACAGCGGCCCAUGGGCUUUAGGCCCGCCGAAUAUUUCUGGCAGCACUCCCAAUUGGCUUCGAAGGGCGGCGCUCGUGGCGUAACACAUUCAGCAAUUCUGCUCCCUAUCCUAGUCUUCUCGUGCGGCCAGCAUGUCCCAAGGAUGUUGGACCUCUAUGCGUACCUCGAGCUUCAUUCUCUGGUUCAAGAAGACUCGUCCAUCCCUCGAGAGCACGCAUGUUGCGAUGAAAGUGUUGCUUCGAGUUAUAUCUUGGGUAUGCUUGAAGAACACGGCUCAAACAUGGUUAAUAUUGACUCAUUUCUGUACUGCCUCGCCAUCUUCCUUCAAGCACGAUUGCAGGGUCGAUGGGCAAUGCGGCGAGAGACUUCAUUCGGCACCGCUGCAUCAGUGACGCAAGGCUUCAGCCAGCAAUUAGACUGA